GAGAGAGAGAGAGAGAGAGGGAGAAAAAGGAGGGGAUUUAAUUGGUUUUUGAGUUAAGCAAGGCUACAGUUAAUAGCUGCAGGUGAUUAGAGAGAUGGGAAGGCCUCCUUGCUGUGACAAGGUUGGGAUCAAGAAAGGGCCCUGGACUCCUGAAGAGGACAUCAUCUUGGUCUCCUACAUCCAAGAACAUGGCCCUGGUAACUGGAGAUCAGUGCCUACAAACACUGGCUUGAUGAGGUGCAGUAAGAGUUGCAGAUUAAGAUGGACUAAUUACCUUCGACCCGGAAUUAAACGCGGAAAUUUCACUCCACAUGAAGAAGGGAUGAUCGUUCAUCUCCAAUCUUUGCUUGGAAACAGGUGGGCUGCUAUAGCUUCAUACCUCCCCCAGAGAACAGAUAAUGAUAUAAAGAACUACUGGAACACCCACCUCAAGAAGAAGAUCAAGAAGCUGCAAACAGAUGCACAAGAUAGCUAUUACAAUAUGGCAUCAUCUGAUACAAUAAGCCCACCCUUCAAUGAUCCCACAUCAAAGGGCUACAGCAGCACAGAAGCUCCACUCCCCUCUUCUUUUCAUAGCUCCUCUCUCUACGCCUCGAGCGCGGAGAACAUCUCGAGGCUCCUCGAAGGGUGGAUGAGAUCCUCAUCACCAAACUCCUACCACGAGAAUAGCCAACAAGAGAGCCCUUUGAUCGCCGCCAACAACUACAGCAGUAGCCAAGAGAACGGAGACGAUCAAGGCGCUGGUUGCGCUCUCAUCAAUAACCAAUGCGGUCGCGAACAGCUCGAGUCGCUGCUCGUGUUUGAGAACAUAGGCGCCUGCUGGGAAAAGCCGGUCGGCGAGCCGCUAGCGGAUCAGCUUAUUGCUGCAGCUGAUCAUGAACAUAACCAGGGGGAGGUUAAGCAGAAGCAGGAGCAGUAUCCCUUGUGCUUCUUGGAGAAGUGGCUUUUGGAUGAGGCCACAUCAGGGCAUGUGGAAGGGCUCAUGGAGUUCUCUCCUGAGCAAUGUUGCUCAAACCCAAUGUUCUAACUGCUUCUCUCUCUCUCUCUCUCUCUCUCUCUCUCUCUCUCUCUCUCUCUCUCUCUCUCUAUAUAUAUAUAUAUAUAAUAUUUAUUAUUAUCAUGUACUCUUGGUGCAUGGGAGUUCAAACAAGUUCAUGGAUUCUCCAAUGGACCAUUAUUAUUUAUUACCACUGUUUCUUAUGGGUGCUCCAAAUCAACCAUCUUAAGCAA